AUGAGUAAUCAUACCGUAAAGGUAGAAGACGAUGAUGACGAAAACAAUGAGGACACAGAAAAAAAAGUACAGAGUAGUUUUUUUUUCUUUAAAAAACAGGAAAAGAAUGUAAACAGAAAAUUUGUAAAAAAUACAAAAGAUAAUGAUAUAAAUUUUUAUGAAGACAAACCAAUUCUGGAUGAUAAAAUUAAUAAAGUUGAUUAUAUUAUUUUGAUUAUUCAUGGUAUAGGAUCAAAUGAAGAAUUAAUAAUAAACCAAUGUGAAGAUUUGAAAAAUAGUUUUAAAAUUGUAAAAAAAAUGUGGUUUUUUGAUUAUCCUUUUAAUAUACAUUUCCAUAUAUUUAACUGGAAAAAGUAUAUCAUCGAUGCACAAAUACAUGUUUUUAACAGGAUAAAUAUUAAUACUAUGGCUGAAACUCGAAAAAUAAUAAACUUGUCCGCCGGAGAUAUUAUAUGUUUUUUACAUCCAAGAUAUGGUGAUUACAUAAUGUUAAAUUUAUACAAUGAUAUAAAUAAAACAUUGGAAUCUUUAAAGAAUGAUUCUAGCGGGAGAUUUAAAUAUUCCAAAGUAUGUUUACUAGGUUAUUCAUUAGGUAGUGCAAUGGCAUAUGAAAUAUUACAUAACGUGAAAGUUCGAAUAAGUGAAAGUAAUUUAAAAUAUAAUUUGAAAAGUAAGAUACAUUAUUUAUUUAUGUUGGGUAGUCCUUUAAGUGCUUUAUUAUCUUUAUAUAAACCAGAAUAUAUAAAUGAUGGAUUAAAAUUAAAUAAUGGUUUAAAGUUUUAUAAUAUUUUUCAUGGAUUUGAUCCUGUGGCUUUUCGAAUUGAACCAUUGAUUUAUCCAGGAAUUAAAAAUAUUCCUGAACCUGUUCUUAUAAAUUAUUGGAGAAAUAAUGGAGCAAGGUAUUGGUUUGAGUGGGAUAAAAAUAUGCAGAAUGCUAAACUAGCCAUUGUUCAAAAUUUGAAUGAUUUUACAUCUGCAAUAACUAACGGUUUUUAUAAAUUUCUUGGGAAAAAUGAGAAUAAUGAUGAAGAUCAAAGUACUCUAAAUAAAAAUAUUUGUUACAAUAAAUGUGAAAGUAAGGAUAUAAAUAUAUUCUUAUUAAAGGUGAAAGAAAAUCAACGAAAAAUUGCUUUACAAAAAAAAAAAAUUCAUAGGUAUAAUAAAAAAAAUAAUAUUACAUAUAAGGAGAAUGUUGCAGAAAAAAAAAAUGCACAUUACAACAGUAUUCAUAAUAUAAAUGAUAAUAAUAUUUGUGAUAAUAUUUGUGAUAAUAUUUGUGAGAAUAUUUGUGAUAAUAUUUGUGAUAAUAUUCGUGAUAAUAUUCGUGAUAAUAUGCGUGAUAAUAUUCGUGAUAAUAUUUGUGAUCAUCAUCUUAAUGAUAUUUCUUACAAUGAUGAAGAUAGUCAAGAUACCUAUUUUGGUCAUGAAAAAUACAAAAGAAAAUAUGAUCAUAAUGAUGAACAAAAAAAGGAAGGAACUUAUUAUUCCAAAGAAGAAAAUUCUAGCUAUAUUGAUAGUACUAAAAGUAUUUGUGCAUCACAAGAUUCAAAUAGUGAAUAUUCUUUUUUUGAUCAUGAGCUUAGUGAUAAUUCGAAUAAUUUAUAUGAAGAAAAUAGAAGAAAUUAUGAUGACCAUAAUAAGAAAAGAGAAUCUAUAUGUAAUUCUAAUAAUAUAAACGAUGCCUUAAAUAUUAGAUAUGAUUAUCAAUUACAAGAAUUCAUUAUGGAACAUUAUAUAUAUCCUUUAGCUGUUGCUAAAUCACAUUUUAAUUAUUUUAUAAUUAAAGAUAUCUCCUUUUUUAUAUUAAAAGAAUUAAUACAUCAUAAAAAUAUAUCACUAAGCUAUGAAGAAUAUCUAACAAAAAUUGAAAAAGAAUAUAAUAGCAAAGCAUUAAACGAAAAAGAUAAUAUAAAAAAAGAAAAAUAUUUUAAAGUUGCAAUAAAGGCUACAAAAACGUUAGAAGAAUUUAAAAAGUAUGAAAAAAAUAUUCAAGCUAUGUCUGACCCAUUUAAUAUGAAAAAUUUUAAAAAUUUAAUAUAG